GCAAGGAAGGAACAAACUCUGAACAGCCACUCUCCCAGAAACCCAUCCAGAACCUCUGCCCCGACACCAUGGUCAACUCCUGUUGUGGCUCCAUCUGCUCUGAGCAGGGCUGUGGCCAAGAGAGCUACUGCCAGCCCAGCUGCUGCCAGACCACCUGUUGCAGGACCACCUGCUGCAGGCCCAGCUGCUGCAUCUCCAGCUGCUGCAGGCCCCAGUGCUGCCAGCCCAGCUGCUGCCAGACCACGUGCUGCAGAACCACCUGCUGCCGGCCCAGCUGCUGUGUGUCCAGCUGCUGCAGGCCCCAGUGCUGCCAGUCUGUGUGCUGUCAGCCCACCUGCUGCAGGCCCAGCUGCUGCAUCUCCAGCUGCUGCAGACCCCAGUGCUGCCAGUCCAGCUGCUGCCGCCCCAGCUGCUGUGUGUCCAGCUGCUGCAGGCCCCAGUGCUGCAUCUCUAGCUGCUGCCGCCCCUCCUGUGGCAGUUCCAGCUGCUGUGGCUCCAGCUGCUGCCGCCGCUGCUGGUCCUGCGGAUUUCGUCCUGUGUGUGGCCAGGUCUCCUGCCACACCUCUUGCUACCGCCCCACCUGUGUCAUCUCCACCUGUCCCCGCCCCAUGUGCUGCGCCAUCCCUUGCUGCUGAAUCUUCUCUGUAAAUGCAAGGUCUCCUGAUCCCUUCCUCCUUCCAGAUGGAAUGUUUUCUUCUAAAAACUCUGGGGCUCUGGAGAAUUGAUCUCCUGGAUUCCCCAGCAAAUCUUAUUCCUGGUAAUUCUGUGCACAUAUGCUGAUUUCUCUCCCCACACCCUUGAAUUCAUUGAGAAUCUCCUGAUACAUUAACAAAUGCUUCUCCACUUCAUUUCAUCCUCUCCCAGCCAGACACCCAUUCACCAUGCUUAAGGAAUUUGAAAACUGUUUCUGUCACUUUCAGAGCCACAGAUUUAAACCCCUGUGAAACUGAAGGUCAAUAAAAUACCUCUUUUACAAUUUACAAAA